AUGGGAAAGCCGGUAGAGAAGAAGAGGAAGAAGAAGGGCCGACCCUCACUCUUGGAUCUCCAGAAGCGGAGCCUCCGCCUCCAGAAGCAGCAGGAAGAACAGCAGCAGGAGAAGAGGGACCAGAACCCUAGUCCGAAUCCUUACGUCAGGUUUCCCAACUCCACCCCUAGCCGCCGGACUGCGCGGAGGAGCACUGAGCCCGAUGGGGAUGCAGAGGACGGAGAGGAUGACGAGGAGGAAGGCGGCGGGAAGAGGCGAGAAAAGAAGCUCAAGCUCGUCCUCCGUCUGCACCAGAACAACGGUAUUAUCAGCAAGUCGGAUAACGCACAGGAAGGCCACUCGGAUUCGGAGUCGUCCGGACCGGAAUCGAAGGGCGACGGUGAUACCCCGCGCAAGGAGAAGAAGAUCGAUGCCGUCGGUAGCGAUGGAUCUAUUCGGGAAAAGGUGAAGCUCGCCUCCCCUCAUCCCAAAUUUUGCGGCUUUACAAAUAUUUGAUUUUCGCGGAUCCGCAUUCUCUAUUCUUUCGGACGGGGUUUGAGGAUUCUUUUCUGCGAUUAUCUUCAAGGGGUCUGGUCAUCACUCCGCUGGAAUUCCGUGGAUUUCGCCACUUACCUGGGGCAAUUUUCCGAUUACCGUUGACUUCGAAAGCAGACAAUCCACCGAUUUUACCUCAUUAGUCCAACCGAUCGUUAUCUGAAAUUCAAGUUUUCUCGUGUAUCUGGUUUCGUCUGGCGUUGUGUUUUUGAUUUUUAUAUUACGGAGUAAUGUAUUCUUCAGCCGAAUAACCGAAUCUUGUCCAUUUCUUUCCCUAUCUUCUACAAUCUCCAUUUACGAUUCAAGUCCAAUUUCUUGUUUUCGUUCCCUGCGUCUUCUCUUUGGGAUUUAUCAAGCGUUCCUGGUCCGUUUUUUUUUCCCCAACUUUUUCCAGCUUUAUGCACUUCCCGAUCAGCGGCCUUACUUUGGAAUUGUUUCCUUUUAAACAUGCAGACCGAAAGAUGCAGCUCUUCCUCGAAAGCGAUGGGAGGUAUUAUCGCCAUGCAUUUAUUCUCAUCAAUACCGCAAGGAAAAAAUUGAUAUGAAAAUAUUUGAUUGUUAAUUGAUUGUUAUAUUUUAUCUGAGCAGGGGAGCUAUUGGAUCCCGGGCUCACAACGCCUUUGCCGGACAGAAAGUUGUUGAUCUUCAUUCUCGAUAGGCUCCAGAAGUGAGCGACGAUGAUUCCUUUCUGGAUCUUACAUCUGAUCGAUAUAAGCCAUCAUUUACAUUUAUAGUUUUGUUUUUAUGUUUUUGGUGUAUUGUACCUGCGGAUGUUUGCAUUAUUCUUACCGAGGCUUUCAUGAUCUUUCCUCAGGAAGGAUACUUACGGUGUGUUCUCAGAGCCAGUAGAUCCGACUGAGGUAAGUUUAUCUUUUUUGCCAUGAAACGCCAGCAGAGUGGAGGUCCUUGCGUACUGAAUCUUUAAAAAUGGAUUUGUACAAUCGCAGCUUCCAGACUACCACGAUGUCAUCACGCAUCCAAUGGAUUUUGGCACAGUGAGAAAGAGGCUGUCUAGUGGAUACUAUUCAAACCUAGAAAUGUUCGAGGUUUGCACUUUGCAUGUAUUAAAAACACCAUUUUAUUUGCCUGUGAUAGUCCGUCUUCUCAUUGACUGGUCGCCAUUUUAUUUUUUUUUACAUUUGAGGGAUGAUCAUCCUGAAGUAUGUCAGGAGACUGUAUACUACUGACGUUUAAUUAUCAUCUAUUAUCUGAAUGAGUUCGUUUUUAUAACCUUUUUGUUUGAAACUUUGUUAACAUGAAUUUAUCUUUUGCAUUAUUGAAAUGAAGACAAAAUUAUUUUGAUUUUUUUUGAAAGUCGAGUGCUAGAAAUAUGAUGUUUGAAGAGGUUGUGUAUUGGUCAAACGUAAGGAAGAGAACUUCCCGAUAUUGGGAAUGCACGGACUAGACUCUCACAUAUGGUUUUGUUGCACUUUUUUUCUUUUUUUUUUUAAAUUUUCCUUUUCUUCUAAUUUUAUCUGGUGUGAAGAAAAUGGUUGCCACGAAUGUGGGAGAUUUACAGUGUCCCAUGUUUGAAAAUGAGAACAUUGCUAAACGUUGUUAGACGCCCUCCUUGAAUAACCAGUGGAAGCUUCAUUCAGUUUUGCCUUUUGUAUCAAUGCUCUAGACUCAUGACUGUAUUCAUGAUAUUAUACCUACAUGUCAUCAGGGAGGAUAGAAGUAAGCUAUUGUUAUAACGGAGUCGUGUAAACUUUAUAUGCGAUCCCUUUGAGACUCGAAUUUUGUUGACCAGCCUAGCUCAUUAACUAGGCGCGAAAGAGAGGUUACACUAAACUAAUUUAUCUUAGAAAAUAAAAAAUAUAUUUCAGGUGUUAAAUAUAAGUGAUUUGAUUAAAGCAAUGGCUUAAGUUCAUUUUCUUAAUUUUUCAUCCGAGCUUCGAGGAAAUUCAUUUAUUGCAAAAGGAAAGCUGAAAUCUUGGAGGACAUUAGUCUCAGCAAUGAUCGUCUGUUUUAAAUUUCUUGAAGUUCUAUCUAUAUAAAUGAUGAAUGGGUUAAACAAUUUAUGAGGGAAGGUUAUGAGCAUUAUAUUUUACAAAAGUCGGUUGAGAUCCAUGGCCAUGGAUAAGCGAUUUUUGAAAUUGUGGAUUAGCUCGUGGUUUUUUGUCUAUCAUGUAUGUGGUAGCUUGGAGACUGACUUUGGCCCAUGGUGAAUCGUGUUGCCACUCGGUUGAGGAGUUUCAAACAGAUUAGAAGACUUGGUAUCUUCUCCUCCAUAAUGUAUUUUCUCACCCAAUUAAACAGUGCAUAACUCCAUCUACACGUGUAUCCAAUUGAUCCCCACACCCAUAAUUGUCGUCAUGGAUUUCUUGAUUGUUGAAAUACACACUAUCAUCGUUGGAAGUGCCCUUCUGGAAUAUUCUCCUUUAUCGCAUAUCUUUGGGGUUAGAUGUGACUUACCAACACCCUGUCCGUCCACUCAUGGGAUGUCUUUGAUCUUGGGAGGCUCUCAUCAUUUUGGUACUUAUAUACAUUUUUGCUCUGUUUUUUGGAAUUCUAUUUCGGUCAAUUUACUUGUGAGCUAUUGCCUCAUGCUAUGUUUCUUGCUAUGUUUUUGGAAUUCUCCUUUAUUUUUGUAUUUCUUGCUAUGUUUUUUUUCAUCAAUGAACCAUGAGCAAACUAAUUUUUAAAAGAAGAGAGCUCGAUGCCAAUUAGGUAAGAGUGAACUCGGUUAUAGCUGUCAUGCUUAUAGCGUGUGACAGCAUUGACAUGCACACCUCUAAAUGCAGAAUAUGUGUUGAGUACUGAAACCAUAAUGCACCAGCAAAGUACUUCCGCUCUAUCUUGAUAUCCUUGUUUGAAGGGAAAACCUUCUUUAGGCUUUCUUGAACGCAAUUUACUAAAUGUUUAUGUUUUAGCUUAAUGUAAACGCUGCAAAAGGUGUAGUCUAGUUUUUGGUCUUGCCUGUUGGAUGAUUUUCUACAAAAAAAUCGAGGUAUUAUGACGCCUUUUAGGGUUUUUUGAAUAGCUAUUCACUGAUUCUUCUUAAAAUUUUCUUAUUAGGAUCUUAUAGUAUGAAAUAUCGGGUUUAUGACCGUGUGGUGUUCUACUUUGUGUCCUCAUAAUGAAAUCCACCGUCAUAAUUGGAUAAUUUAUUGACAUUUUUGUUUUUACAUCCGCUCCCAACAGAUGUGACAUGUAACCAGAGGAAUCCUUUCCAAGUGAUCAUUAGACAACGUUGGGGAAGUGCUAGUGUAAUGAGCCACAAGGAGUUCCAAAGAUCUCCCUUAACCCUCAUCCUUAACCCUGUCUCUGAUUAUACAAUCCCACAGUAUAGGUUGUGAUCUGAAAUGAAUCAGUGAAGGACCAACAUAAUGCCUUGGAGACAAAUUUUGACCUUUGGUCAGUCAAUUAAAUGAAGCUAGAAUGAUUCGUCCAGUGAUUCUGAAGGGUAUGAUUUGACUCGUCCUAUGAACAGAAUUAUAUGUAUGCCUAUUAAAGUAUUUGUGUACCUCAGCAGUAUGUCGAUCAAUAUGGAUUUCGACUGUGACAUGCUCGUGAGAGGAAAAGUGAUGUAAAUUGAUGCAACAUAAUGCUCGAUGCGGGUUUCUUUCUCAUCAGGUUUUUUUUUUUUUUUGGUCAUCCCAUCGGUUAUCUCAGAACGUGCUUUUUGCAGCACUUAGAACACUGAUGGGAGUGUUGAUGUUCGAGAUGGUUAGAAGGCGUCAGAUCUGUCAGAACUAAAACCAUAGGAUUCGAGGAUUCGCAUAUAAGUUUAAGUUACUAUUUUUUCCUCCUCAUCAGCUUUCGAUUUAGGUCACGAUAGAAGUCUGUUUUGUUCUUGAAAGUGUCACAUUUAAAAUCUAUUUUUAUUGAUUGCAUUCAUGUGGAGAUGUCGAUCAGUCACAUUUACUGAAACCUAUGAAAACUGAAGGCUGAUCUUGUGGGAAUGGUUGACGCGUUGACCAGGAUUAUUUAAUCUUUUGGUCAUGUAUGUAUGAUGAUCCAUAGUCAGCGAACAUACAUUCAAGUUUUUGGUUAUCAAGAUUAUUGCUAAUCUGGGUAUUCCUUGUGCAUCAGGGAGUAUCCAUUUAAGUCUUCAUAUAAGUUUUCGUGAGAUAUUUUUACCGUAUUUUAGUAAAUAAGAUGAAGGAAGCGCGUUACGAUCUGGAUUUUUCUCAUGUAAAUAGAUCACGCAUAUGUUUUCUGCAUUGCUGUUCACGUACGAUGAAGAUAUAUUAAGUGUCUUUGUUCUAUGGAUUAACGAGGGUAAAUUAUGUGCAGAAAGAUGUCUUCCUAAUCUGCACAAAUGCGAUGAGCUACAAUGCUCCCGACACCAUUUACUUUCGACAGGUGCCCAUUGAUCUCCAGUCUCCUCCACUUUCAUUGAUGACGAUCGAUGUUCGCAUGUAUUGUUUACCAUGUUUAGUGCUCACCUCAUUUGUUCUAUUAUCAGGCUAGAUCCAUACAUGAGCUUGCCAAAAAGGACUUCGAGAAUCUGAGGCAAGAUAGCGAUGAGGAUGAGCCAGAGCCCAGAAUCGUACGGAGAGGUAGACCACCAGGCAAGAGUUCUGCCAAGAAGACGGUGGGGAGACCUCCCAAUGAUCGUGCCAGCUUGGACUUCUCCCCUGAUGCGACCCUCGCUAACGCUGGGGAUAACUUGCCAUGGUCAAACUCUUCUCACGAUAACCAUAGACUUGUCAACGGGGAAGUCCCCGCCUGGAUGGGAGACAAGUCUGACAGAAGUGAGGAUCCAGGUGCGGCUUGACGACCAACAUCAAUCGAUAUAUACAUAUAUUAAUAUAUUAGCUAGCAUUUGGUAUUUUAUCAAACGAUCUGAUUGGUUGCCGCCUGCAUUUGAUUGAUUUAUUUAUUUAUUUUUGGCAGGUUCAAUGAGGGGAAUUCCCAUGAGGUUUGGGAAGAAAGUCGCUGUUUUAGAUGAGAACAGGCGCCAUACGUAUAAGCAGCCUCAACUUUCCAAAGGCUGGCAUGAAUCGUCAGUACUUGCGACUCUUGAUGGGGAGAAGAAGCAGCUGGUGCCCGUAAGUAUCUCGUGAAGGCGUUGACCACAUCUAGUCUGGAGUCAGCGCAGUGCACCAGAUCGGGCAGCCAUUUUGCUCAGAGACCCACCUUCAUUUCGAUCUCAUUUGGAUAUUCUUUUUUUGGGGGUUCAUUUGGUUUAUUUUCUAUUUUUUAUUUCCUCAGGUGGGGUUUCAUGGAGAGCAUGCAUAUGCCAGGAGCCUUGCUAGAUAUGCUGCUACCCUCGGGCCUGCCGGGUGGGAGAUUGCCGCCAGGCAAAUCGAGAAGGCGCUGCCUCCGGGAACAAAGUUUGGCCGCGGUUGGAUCGGCGAACCAGAUCCGCUGCCGCAGCAAUACCAGUCGCCACUGCUCUCUACAUCUCCUCUGCACACAUCUUCGCAGCUCAAGACGCCGCCGCCGCCAUCGCCGGUGUUGCCCAAAGGCGAAGCAGCCCCCGAAAGGCCCGAUGGGUUCACCGCCGCCGUUGCUGCUGCUGCAGAAGACGGACGGCAUGCUCGAGCGCCGCCUGGAUCUUCACCUGCCUUCCCGGGGCGAUCCGGCGGGCCGAGCUAUGACGGCGGCGGCUUCAGCGUGAUCGGUGGCAGCGGCGGUGGGGCGGCGGCGGCGCCACCGCCCAAGGCUCCUCCUCCCUUCCAGCUGCAGCAACACAGCACGGCGAGCCCUCUGGUUAUCAACGGGUUCAGCGCGGCGCUUUCUUCGAGCUCGUCGCAAUUCGGGAGGAUGCUCCGGCCGGCGGCGGCGCCCCUCACGCAUGCCGGAGCGCUAGAGAUGGUCUCAAGAGGGGCCGACAGCAGCGUCAACUAUGCAGCCAAGGGCUCACAGCCAGAACCAGGAGACGGCGCCGCCACGGGGGACCCACGGGGUUCUUGGAGGGGUCUUUCGCUGCGGUCAACGCCGGAAUCUGCGCCACCGCCGGACCUGAACAUCAGAUUCCAGUCUCCAAGCUCGCCGCCCGCCGCCGGCGGUGUGGCCGACUCUCAGCAGCCAGAUCUGGCGUUGCAGCUAUAG